AUGGCUAAAACUCAAAGAGCUGGACGAAAAGACGCAAAACGCGCGCCGCCCCCAAAGCGCGCAGCUGCCAGCGGUGGUAUUCAAAAGGCCGCCUUCGAUAUAACAAAAAAGAAAGAAGUCGGUGUUUCUGAUCUUACUCUGCUAUCCAAAGUCUCUGACGACUCUAUCAACGAUAACCUUCAAAAGCGCUUUGAAAAUGGUAUCAUCUACACCUAUAUUGGCCACGUUUUAAUCUCCGUCAACCCGUUCCGCGACCUGGGUAUCUACACCGACGCGGUUCUCGAAAGCUAUCGUGGUAAAAACCGUCUUGAGGUCCCUCCACACGUCUUUGCUGUCGCAGAAGCAAUGUACUACAAUAUGAAGUCUUACUCAGAAAGCCAGUGCGUCAUCAUUUCCGGUGAGUCUGGUGCUGGAAAAACAGAAGCCGCCAAACGUAUCAUGCAGUACAUUGCCUCCGUCUCUGGCCAAUCCUCCUCAAACAUUCAGAAAAUUAAGGAUAUGGUCCUCGCUACUAACCCUCUGCUCGAGUCCUUUGGUUGUGCUAAAACCCUCAGAAAUAAUAACUCUUCGCGCCACGGAAAGUAUCUCCAAAUCCAGUUUAACCGCCAAGCAGAACCAAUAGGUGCAACCAUUACAAACUACCUCUUGGAAAAGGCCCGUGUUGUCGGUCAAAUCCAAAACGAGCGUAACUUCCACAUCUUUUACCAGCUCACAAAGGGCGCCUCUGAUAGCCAGCGUCAACUCUUUGGCAUCCAAACACCUGAGGCUUAUGCCUAUACCUCUGCAAGCAAGUGUGUUUCCGUCCAGGGUAUUGACGAUAUUAGCGACUUUAAGGAAACUAUCCGUGCAAUGGAGAUUAUCGGUCUCCACCAACAGGAACAGGACCAAAUCUUCCGCAUGCUUUCGGCAAUCUUGUGGAUUGGUAACAUUGACUUUGCAGAAAAUAAUGAAGGAAAUGCUAAAAUCCGUGAUGAGUCUGUCCCUAACUUUGUCGCAUAUCUCUUGGAAGUAAAUGCCGCCGACAUUGAAAAGGCCCUGACUGAGCGUAUCAUUGAGACUUUCCGUGGUACCGGCCGCCGUGGCUCGGUUUACGAGUCUCCUCUUAACUUGGUCCAGGCUCGAGCUGUCCGUGACGCCCUAGCAAAAGCUAUUUACAAUAACCUCUUUGACUGGAUUGUCGAUCGUCUCAAUCAAUCCCUCGAAGCCAAAGAAGGUCUCGAUAAAUCCAUUGGUAUUUUGGAUAUCUACGGGUUUGAGAUUUUCGAAAACAAUAGUUUUGAACAACUUUGCAUCAACUAUGUUAACGAAAAGCUUCAACAAAUCUUUAUCCAACUUACCCUUAAAACUGAACAAGAUGAAUACGUCCGCGAACAAAUCAAGUGGACCCCAAUCGACUACUUCAACAAUAAAAUUGUCUGCGACCUUAUUGAAGAAAAGCGACCACCAGGUAUCUUCUCAGCCCUUAACGAUUCCUGCGCAACCGCCCACGCUGAUUCAAACGCUGCAGACCAAAACUUUGCCCAGCGUCUUUCCCUGCUCACUAGUAACCCUCACUUUGAAACUCGUCAAACAAAGUUCCUCAUCAAGCACUAUGCCGGUGAUGUGUAUUACGACAUUAAGGGUAUGACUGACAAGAAUAAGGACCAAUUGCUCAAGGAUCUUCUUAUUCUCAUCUCCAAGACUGCAAAUCCCUUUUUGCAUUCUCUCUUCCCGGAGCACGUCAACACAGAGUCUAAGCGUCGUCCUCCCACUGCUGGUGACAAGAUUAAAUUAUCUGCAAAUGCCCUCACUACCACUCUGUCCCAAUCUCAGCCUUCGUACAUUCGUACCAUCAAGCCCAACCAGACAAAGAACCCCUCCGACUAUGAUACCAAGAUGGUUCUGCAUCAAAUCAAGUACCUGGGUCUCCACGAAAACGUCCGCAUUCGUCGUGCUGGUUUUGCUUAUCGUCAAACUUAUGAGAAGUUCACCGAGCGCUUUUACUUGCUCUCAGGUAAAACUUCCUACGCUGGUGAUUAUAUUUGGAAGGGCGAUUCUCGCACUGCAACCACAGAAAUCCUCCGCGAUGCUGGUGUCCCUGCUGGUGAAUUCCAAAUGGGUACUACCAAAGUCUUCAUCAAGACCCCAGAGACGCUCUUCUCGCUCGAACACAUGCGUGACAUGUAUUGGCACAAUAUGGCUGCUCGUAUUCAGCGCGCUUGGCGCAAGUACCAGCAAAAGAAGAUCAAUGCGGCCAUCAAGAUCCAGCGCGCUUGGCGUAAGGAAAAGGAUGGCGAUAUCUACAUGGUUCUUCGCGACAAGGGACACAAAAUUCUCAACAACCGCAAGGAGCGUCGCCGUCUCUCACUCAAUGGCUACCGCCGUUUCAUGGGCGACUACCUUUACUGCAACAGUCCCAAGAGCUCUGGUGGUUUCACUGCACGUGCUGUAGGUCUCAACGAAACCGCCAUCUUUUCAAUGACAGGAGAGACUCUAGUCCACAAGUUUGGUCGUUCAUCCAUGCGUGUUCCGCGAACUUUCAUUCUGACCAAAACAAAGCUUCUCAUCAUUGCCAAUCAGGUCAUCAACCAUCAGCUCACCGUCGUUGUAGAGCGCAACAUCCCGGUCCCCUCCAUCAAGUAUCUGGCCAUGUCCAGUCUGCGCGAUGACUGGCUCGCCAUUUCAGUUCAAUCCCCCAGCGAGCCCGACCCAUUGAUUUCGUGUCUCUUCAAAACGGAGCUGGUCACGCAUCUCAAGCAGCUCCGACCCAACCUCGACCUGCGUAUCGGCCCCACCGUGCAGUACUUUAAGAAGCCAGGUAAGAUCGCUACAGUCAAAUUCCAAACUGACUCCACUGCUGGCUCCACCGAUAAUUACAAGUCCGGUAUUGUUCACGUUGCCCCAGGAUGCCCACCCAACUCUGUCUCGGACCCCACCCCGCGCAAGAGCCCGCGCGCUGCUGGUACCCAAGCAGCUAGACGUCCUCCUCCUGCACGCACCGCUGCCCCUGCCCCCAAGCGCAACCCGCCUCCUGCAGCUCCACUUCCCACUUCUAACGCGCGCCGCAACCCGCCGCCCCCUCCUCCUGCCACGCGCCAGCAAAAGUCCCCUCCUCUUCAGAUGCCCUCAUCACCUUUCCAGAAGCAGCCCGUGCGCAUGCCCGAGCCCUUUGGCGCUUCUAAAAAUGCAGCAGUGGCUGCUGCCAGUGCUGCAUAUAACCCAACAGGCAACUCCCCUGCUGCCACACCUACACCCACCGCAGCUAAACGCUUGUCUUCAGUCAACAGGAAACCCGUUGCUCCAACUUCUCGGCCAACACACCAUGCUCCAGCUCAACGCAAGGCUGCUCCAGCACCUGUGGCUGCUACUCCUGUGGCUGCCCCUGCUCCAGCUCCUGCUCCUCCGCCACCUCCUCCACCCCCAGCCGCUCCUCCCACUGCCCCUGCAGAGCCGCUCUACAAGGCUCUGUACGAUUUCCCGAGCGCUGCGGCCAACCAAUUGUCAGUAUCCAAGGACGAGGUUGUGAUUAUGAAGCAGAAGGGCAACGAAGGCUGGUGUCUUGUUCAGCGCCGUGACGGUUCUGCAGAGGGUUGGGCACCCCUAUCAUACCUCGAGGAGCUUAGACAAGCGCUUCCAUCACUCUCUAGCAAUGGCACAAGCACACCUGCCUCAGGAUACUCGCAAGCUUCAGCAGCAUCUACUCUGGCAUCCGCACCCCAGCAGCAGCAGCAGCAACAACCUCAAUUGGCUAUGGGCCUGGCAGAUGCACUUAAGCAAAAGACACAGCAAAGCAACCAGCUUGCCGGAGGUCUUGCAGAGGCGCUCAAGGCGCGCUCUGGUCGUCAUGAUAGCGAUGAUGAUGAUGACGAUGAUUGGUAA